AUGGCAAAAAGCAAAAAAGCGACUUCGGCAGGUGCUGAAAAACUAGUCGCGGCUAACAAGUCCAAAGAUGCCUCUGAGGAAAAAUUUCUCCAGUUCGAUGCCGGCACUCUCGCCAGUCUUACCCAAAAUAUCGAGGCAAGAUUGAAAGGAGGCAACAAAAACAACAAAAGCAGUAGCAACGGCGCCUCUGAAAAGAAAGGCGCCAAAGGACCCAAAUCGCCUGCGUCAAAACCAAACGGAAAAGGAAGAGCAGACAAACCCGUGGAAAACAGCCGUCCCUUUGAAAAAUCAUUCCAAGGCAAGAAGCGGGAUCGCAAUGGUGCUGUGAUUGAGAAGGAAGACAAGGUACAGAAGGGAGAAACACCCCAGAAGGGCGAGAAACCCCAGAAGAGCGAGAAAUCCCAGAAGAGCGAGAAACCCCAGAAGGGCGAGAAACCCCAGAAGAGCGAGAAACCCCAGAAGGGCGAGAAACCCCAGAAGACGAAUCACCAAGACGAAGACGACGACGACGCUAGCGAUGAAGACGACGUUCUCAGAAAAGAAAUCCUGGCAUUGGGCGGCAGCAAAGAAGACUUUGACCUUUUGGCUGGCGUCGUUUCGGACUCGGAGGCCGAAGACUCUGCGCAGACAAAACCUGCUUUAAAUGAGGAUGCUCUGAGAAAGGAGCUUGCCAAGCUUUUGAAGGGCUCCGAUCAAUACCAGGCUGAAAUUCCUGACGACCAAGUUUCUGAAGAAGAAGAGGAAGAAGAAGCUUCGGAUGAGGAAUUGAGCAGGGAGUCCGACGAGGAGGAGGAUGACGAGGUUGAGAGCGAGGCAGAGGAAGCAAAUGGAUCCUCUCCAGAUGUGGAUUCAGCCGCUAGAAAUGCUAGUAAGAAGAGCAUUGUCGAGCCACAGCCAAACGCUUUUCCCAAGGAGUACUCGCGAUUGGCUGUGAUGCCCAGGUCAGACUGGUACAAUUCCGAGUUGCCUUCGAUCACUCCAUCCAAAGCCGAUGGACUUCCAAAAUUUCUUUUAGAACGAGUCAAGAAGCAUGCAAUCUCGUUGCUGGAAAAGGAGAAUAAAUUAUAUGCGGAAAUCCAGCAAAAAUCUUCCUCAUCCUCUCACAAGUUCUACUCGACCAUCAUGAACUCGGGAACACUCAGCGACAAGAUAUCAGCGCUUACGCUGGCCGUCCAGGAAUCGCCUAUCCACAGCAUCAAGUCUCUGGAAAACUUGGUGGCCCUAUCCAAGAAACGAAGCCGAGCGCAGGCAGUGGAUGUUUUACGUUCACUCAAAGACUUGUUUGCGCAGGGGACUCUUUUGCCUAGUAACCGGAAGCUCAAAGGGUUUGCCAACCACGGCAGUCUUGUGAACGCAUUUCAACAAGAUGAAUACAAAUGGACUGAAAAUGAUCCUCUCCCGGGUGGCUUGCAUCCGUCCCAUUUGAUUGUCUGGGCUUUUGAGGACUAUCUUAAGGAGCAAUUCUUCGAGGUCUUGAAGGUUUUGGAGACUUGGUGUAAUGAUGAAAUUGAAUUCUCACGCACCCGAGCUAUUAGCUAUGUCUACGAACUACUCAAGGAGAAGCCGGAACAGGAGGCGAAUCUGCUGCGUCUAUUGGUUAAUAAGCUGGGUGAUCCUGGAAAGAAGAUCGCAUCAAGAGCGUCUUUUCUACUGCUGCAACUUGGCCAGGCACAUCCGUUGAUGAAGCCUACGCUAAUCACGGCAGUCGAAGAAUUCCUCUUCCGGCCUGGUCAAGGGCAGCAAGCAAAAUAUUACGCUAUCAUUACCCUGAACCAGACCAUUCUCAGCGCAAAAGAGGAACAAGUCGCUCUUCAGCUGCUCGACAUUUACUUCUCACUCUUUGUGACACUUUUGAAACCCAACGAGAAGGCGAAGCAAAAGCACGGGAAGGCUACCAAAGAGGAGCAAUCCGAACAUGAUGACCAGUUCAAAGAGAAGUUGGUAUCGGCGGUUCUAGCUGGAGUCAACAGAGCUUACCCGUUCACCACUUCAGACAAUGACCGUGUAUCCAAACACAUUGAUACUUUGUUCCGGAUUACUCACUCGUCCAACUUCAACACCAGCAUUCAGGCUUUGAUGCUUAUCCAGCAGCUCAGCGUCUCGCACCAAAUUGCAACGGAUCGAUUUUACCGGACUCUUUACGAGUCUUUGCUUGAUCCACGAGUUGCCACGUCUUCCAAGCAGUCGCUCUACCUCAACCUUUUGUACAAAUCACUGAAGAAUGAUACGAGUGUGAAGCGAGUCAAGGCAUUCGUGAAGCGGAUCGUCCAGGUCCUCGGUUUGCACCAACCAGCCUUCAUCUACGGCGUGUUCUUUCUCAUCCGGGAAUUGGAAAAGAGUUAUGCUAGCUUGAGUUCGUUGGUCGACCAGCCCGAGGCCGACGACAGUGACGAUGAGGAAGUGUUCAAAGAUGUGCCUGAUGAGGAUGAUGAACCGCAGCCGACAAAGGCUGUUGAGACGGGCAACCCUAAGAAGGUGACGAAUGGCUACGACUCUCGCAAGAGAGACCCGCAACAUAGCAAUGCCGACAAGAGUUGCCUGUGGGAAAUGGUUCCGUAUCUAGCGCAUUUUCAUCCUUCAGUCUCAGUCUCGGCGGAUCACAUUCUCAACCAUGAGCCGUUAACUGGCAAGCCCGACCUGACUCUACAUACGCUCACCCAUUUCUUGGACCGGUUCAUCUAUCGCAAUGCCAAGGCGGCAGUGGGUCUGCGUGGUUCGUCGAUUAUGCAACCGCUUGCAGGGUCAGACAGUCACGACCUCCUGGUGAAUGCCAGCGGUUUGUCUACCCGGGCGCGCAACGAGCCCCUCAACUCGGAAGCAUUCUGGCGGAAACAGGCCGAGGAUGUUGCGGCUGAUGACGUCUUCUUCCAUGAAUACUUCAACCGGCUGGGCAAGGAAAAGCAUAGCAAAAAGAGCAAGAAAUCGAGCAAAGCUGGCGGCGAUGGAGAAGAGGGAGACGACAGCGACAAUGAAGCGGAGAUCUGGCAAGCAUUGGUGGAGUCACGGCCUGAAUUGGAGGGCGACGACGAUGAUGAUGACCUCGAUAUGGACGACCUUGAGUCCGCUUUUGAUGAGGAUGAGGAUGAGGAUGAGGAAGAUGACGGCGGAGUGAUCUUCAACGAUGCAUCUGAUGAUGAGGACGAGGUGGACGAGGCUGAUGAAGAUGAUGAAGUGGAAGAAGCAGCAGCAGCAGCAGGGUCCAAGACGGCAAAGGCUGGGGUAUCCGAUGACGACGAAGACGAGGAUGCCUUUGACAUGGACGUGUCGGAUGAGGAGGCAUUCCGCGACAGCGACGAAGACGUGCCAUCGGAUAUCGAGCUGGGCGGGGUGGAAGUGCCUUCGUCUCCAGCGGACAAGGAUGAUGCCAAGACAAGCCGGCAGAAGAAGCGCAAGCUGCGGCACCUGCCUACUUUUGCUUCUGCGGACGACUAUGCAGCAUUGCUGGCUGAUGAAGAUGAUGGAAUGAUGUAG